AUGAAGUUCCUCACUGUUGGCCCGACGGCCAUUCUCAUGGCCGCGGGCGUCGACGCCUUUUUCCGCAUGGAAUGUCAAGGUCGUGUUGGCCUUGCCCGGAUUGACCCUAUGAUCUCACCCGGAGAGCCUUCGCUCCAUCUUCAUUCAAUUCACGGCUCGUCUGCUGUUAGAUACUACCAAUACCACUUGCCCAACCUUGUUGCGUUCCCUGCGGGUUUCCGCAUGGUGGCGGGGGAUACCAAACAACGCUCCUGGACAACCUGGAACCUGACGCAACCUGACCCUCCCGCCAACGAGUGGGACGCUCUCGGUCUCAAGACCCAGCAGUCGCUCCGUGAGCGGUCGAUGGGCUUCAACUGCCUCAACUACGCUGGGCAAGCCGAGCCUACUCUCUACCGCCACUUCCUGCCCACGCAGCAGUUCAUCCAGGCCAACUGUCCUAAUGGUAUUCGUACUGAGAUCAACUUCCCUUCGUGCUGGAACGGCGUCGACCUUGACUCGGAGGACCACCGCUCCCAUGUCGCUUAUCCUGAUGAACUCAACAACGGAAAGUGUCCUGAGGGUUUCGACAAGCACCUCCCCAACAUGCUCUUCGAGGUGGUCUGGAACACCAAGCCUCUCGAGGGCCGCAACGGCAGGUUUGUCAUGUCCAACGGUGACGCCGAGGGCUUCGGGUACCACGGUGACUUCAUCAUGGGCUGGGAUGAGGGCUUCCUCCAGCAGGUCAUCGAUACUUGCACCAGCGACUCUGGCAACAUCCUUGAUUGCCCGCUGUUUGAGAUUGUCACUGAGCAAAAGGCUCGCGAGUGCAAGAUGAACGUUCCCCAGAUUCUUGCGAGCGAGGACUGCGAGGGUCCCUUGAAGUCUCUCCCUGGCGGUGUACCCAUCAUCUUUGGCGAUGGCCACGAGGAAUACGGCGGUGACGUUCCUCAGGAGCCCACCUUCGUCCCCAGCCUGGCCCCCAAGCCUGUCACUGGUUCGACGGCUUAUGUCUACCCGGCUCAGUCUACGCAGCAGGCUGCCCCCGUCAUUCCUUCGCCCGCCCCUGUGCCCGAACCCUCGAUCCCUGAGCCUGAGGUUCCAUCUUCAUCAGCUGUGGCACCAGCGCCCGAGAGCAGCAGUGGCGACCUCUUCGCUGCAGCUGCUGUGGCGCCGUCUUCUUCUUCGUCCUCGGAACCGGCCCCGCCAGUCAUCACACCAGAGGUGAAGCCUCCUGUUCUGGUCGAGAACAAGUCCUACUACUCCACCCAGACAGUGACCGUUAGUAACAUGGUCUCGAUCAUUUACUGGGAGGAGGAAACCGUCUUCGUGACGGAAUACCUCGAUGAGACCACGACUGUUACGGUCACAGCCGAGGCGACGCCGGUGCCAGCUCCCGCUGCUCGUCUUAGGCGCCACGUGCACGGACACGCCCGCGGCCUCUCUCACCGCCACCGCUAG